GGGAGCCAAUGAGAGUGAGCGAGCGCGGUGACGCGAGCCUUAGCCGGGGGCGCGUACUUUGAAGAGAAACUGUCACUGUGGAGUCAUGGUGGGGCCGCGGCCCUCUGCCGCCGCGGAAGAACGACAAAGAAAGCUCCAGGAAUAUCUGGCAGCCAAGGGAAAGCUGAAAUGCCAAAACACCAAACCUUACCUUAAAGCCAAGAAUAAUUGCCCAAAUCCUCCACCUUCUAAAUCUACUAUUAGACCCAGAAAAGACGCCACCAGCCAUGUUGUUUUGCCUAUCAAAGCUACACGACCUGUGAGCAGUAAACUUCAGCCCAGACCUGCCAAUAUCAUGGGAUCCCAGAACCCAAAGUUGGAACCACCAACACUUCUGGACAAAAGACUGACUUCGGGAUAUGUUUCUUCUAACCCAAACUGUAAACUGUCUAGCAAGUGUCAACAGCCGCAUGAAUCUGGAUCGUCUGUGAGAAGAAAAUUAUCAGGAAAACCAGUGAGGUCACUUAAGACAGAGGAAUUGAAGACGAGAGAGCAGCAGGUGACUGAUCAAGGAAAUGUUCAAUGUAUAAAUUCUGUGGACAAUGCCCAUGUUGAAAAUGAUUCCUCAGAGAGCUGUCUAAAAGAGAUCAACAAAGAGAACCUGCCUCUCACCUUACCAGACUCUAAGAGGAAGCCAAAUUCUGAAUUAUGGACCAUAAAUAAGUCAAAGAAUAAUUGUUAUAAUCCCACCAAGAGUAAUGUGACUACAAAACAAGCCUUGGGGAAAGGUCCCGUGAAUAGGACUAUUUUGAAAGACAGAGCUAAUAAACAGUUUGUUAGAGAAACAAGAACUGUGGUUCCUCCAAUAAAGCCACAGCAACUUUCUAGAGGAGCAGAUCUUCUAAGACCAGGAGGAAAAAACCAAACGUCAGUUCCCUCUCACUUUGUUCAAAUUGUGAACAGGACUCAAGCAUCAAAAAAGACAGGGCUCAAGAAUAUAAAGAGUAAUAGGAAUAAAUAUGAAAGACCAACCGAAACUAAGUUAACUUCUUCUGCUGUAACUGAACAGAAAGUAAAAAAUACCAAAUCCAGGAUGCAUCCCAGUAUGCUUCAAGGAGGAUCCAACAGCGGAUACUCAAACAUUAAACAAGAUCAGAAGUCCACUCAGCCUUCUUUUAAACCUCGGACAUCAUGUGUGUUGCAAAAAUCAAAAGCCAUAAACCCAAGACCUAAUUUGACAGGUACUAAGAUUAACUCAGUCAUUCCAAGCACACCUGCUAUAAAAGCAACUGAACCCUAUAGGAAUAAGUACAACAGCAGCUAUCAGCAAAAUGCACAGACUUUGGAUUCCAAGUUCAAAAAGUCUCUUCCCCAGAACCAAUUUCUGAACAAGACGGCUCCCAAAACUAUAGCUGGUGUUACAGCCACGAAUGGAAGAAGAGUCCCAAAUGGGACCCAAACUAAUCCAAACACUGAAAAGAAAACUGCAGUAGAUGAUCGAAGGAAACAACUGGAAGAAUGGCGGAAAUCUAAGGGGAAAUUAUAUAAACGGCCUCCUAUGGAACUGAAAAGAAAAAAGAAAAUAAUAGAGGAAAUGAAUAUUUCAUUCUGGAAGAGCAUGGAAAAAGAAGAAGAGGAAAAGAAAGAACAACUAGAACUGUCCAAUAAAAUUGACAGCACUCUGACAGAAUGUCUGCAGCUCAUUGAAGGAGGUGUACACUGUAAUGAAAUAUCUUCAAUACUGUCCAGUAUUCCUGAGGCAGAAAAAUUUGCUAAAUUCUGGAUCUGCAAAGCAAAAUUGUUGGCACGUAAAGGCACUUUUGAUGUUAUUGGACUGUAUGAGGAAGCCAUUAAAAAUGGGGCAACACCAAUUCAAGAGUUGCGGGAAUUUGUUUUUAAUAUUUUGCAAGACCUAAACAGGACCACAGAAGGAAUCACCUCUGAGUCUUUAGUUGCUGAAACUAACAUAGCAUCAAUUGAAGAACUGACUAAUCAGAUGGAUCCUGAGAAUGUGAGAGAAGAGGUUCUAGCAACACCCCAAAUAAAGCAUAAUCAUUCUGGUAUCAAAUUACAGAUUGCCCCAAUCCCUAGAAAAAGUGGGAUGCCGGAAGUGCAAGACAUGAAGCUUAUCACUCCUGUACGGCGUUCAGUGAGGAUUGAGCGAGUGGUAUCCCGCUACCCAGAAAUUCUGCAAGAACAUGGUUUAGUAGUGGCUUCUCUUAAUGAACUUUUAGACGUGGAAGAAACAGACUGUUACAUAUUCCGUAAAAAUGAAGCCUUGCCUGUAACAUUAGGAUUUCAAACCCUUGAAUCAUAAUUUCUCGAUGCUUAUUUAAAAAAAAAAAAAGUGUUUCAAAUCUUCCACAAGACAAGUCUUUGUCCAGCUGACCUGGAAGAAACUGUAUAAUGGAUCUAGAUUAUGGGUUCUCAGAACUUGGAAAGUAAUCUACCAAACUUACUCUUAAACUUUAUAUCCCCACUGGGAAGUCUUAUUUAUUGAUUUAAGGAGAUAAUUUUAACACAGUUUUACAGCAUACAUAUAUUUCAAGCUACUCAAUACUGGUUUACCUCACAGACAUAGUAUAAUUUUGCAACUUAAUGAUCUACUAUAGUCCAGAGAGGGUUAUUUUUCAUUUUAGAGGAGUUGGUGCAACAAUGCAAUAGACUUCCUGGAUUGAUGAAGUAUUACAGAUGAUCUGAUCAAAUCCCCUCAUUUUACAAUCAGUUAAUAUCAGCUGUGCCUUUGCUCUGAGGUUACAGAUGACUUCUACCGUUUUUGACUUCUGUCACAGUAUGUUUCUAAAUGAGGUAUAAUUCAUGUUCUCUUUGUGCCAGAGCUCAGCUAAUGAAACACAAUCCUGAAUUGGCAUGGUCAUCUAUCUAACUUUUUAUAUUGAAACUUAACUUUGCUUCAAGUAAAAAGUAAAGGGAACAAGAAAGAAGACUGGGGAAAGGACACUUGCUUCUUUACUGGGUGGAAAAGUCAACAUUCAGAGAUUGUUGCAGGUUGUCUUUCAUGGGCAGUUGCUCUUGAAAAGAGAAAAUCAAAAUUAUUAUGUAAAUAUAAUGUGUAGUAAAAACUACUCAACAUAUUUAAAGUUAUCGCUUUCUUAAUAUGUAUUACCUUAAAAAAUUAAAUUUUGUUCCUUCCUG